AUGUCUGCCUCGCCCUCAAAGAAUCCUGCUCCUGCCCUCUCGACCUCAACCACUCGAGCUCCAGUCACAACUUCAACCUCAAGAGCUCCAGUCCCCAUCUCAACCUCCAGCAAUCAAGUCUUGACCUCCCAAGCUCAAGUUUCCUUGACCUUGAGGACUCAAGUCUUGACCUCCCGAGCUCAAGUUUCCUUUACCUCAAGGACUCAAGUCUUGACCACCCAAGCUCAAGUUUCUUUGACCUCGAGGACUCGAGUCUCAACCUCCCAAGCUCCACUCUUGAACUCAAGGACUCAAGCCUCAACCUCCCAAGCUCAAGUCUUGAACUCACUAUCUUCAAAGCCUGCCCAGCAAAUCCCACCUUCCAGAGGCCACACACCGGCCAAUGCGCCUACACCUGGACCCAGGACGCCCAGCAGACCUAUCCCAUCUGAAUGGGCACAAACCCCAGGCACUAAGUUGGCCAACAAUAUCUCAUGCACAGACAUAGAACCACCAUCCAAGUAUCACUCAAUACCCCAGAUUGUCCCUUCAAAUCCAUUGUACAACAUUGGACAUCCUCAAGUCUAG